AGACAGAGCAGAGGUCUUCAGAUGGACUCACUACAACUCUCAGAUAAAACACAGAAAAUGAGAACGUGAAGGCUGGCAUCCACCAAGGCCUCCGCUGCGCCCUGGCCAGCGCUCACACAUGGUCACAUGACACAUGGUCACAUGACUCAUGGUCACAUGACUCAUGACCACAUGACCCUGGACAUGGACGCGGUCCUGUCAGACUUCGUCCGGUCCACAGGGGCGGAGCCAGGUCUGGCCAGAGACCUGCUGGAGGGGAAAAACUGGGACCUCAGUGCUGCCUUGAACGACUACGAGGAGCUGAGGCAGGUCCACACGGCCAACCUGCCACAGGCUUUCAACGAGGGCCGCUACUACAAGCCCCCCCAGGCGAGCCGGGACACCCCCACCCACAACAGCAAGAGCGAGCGGGCCAGUGCUCACAAGCAGGAGGACAGCACUCAAGAGAAGCGUCUAUCCCGCGGCAUCUCCCACGCCAGCUCGGCCAUCGUGUCCUUGGCCCGCCUGCAGGUGGCGUCAGAGUGCACCAGUGAGCAGUUCCCUCUGGACAUGCCCAUCUACACCUUCCAGCUGCCCGACCUCAGCGUCUACAGCGAGGAUUUCCGCAGCUUCAUCGAGAGGGAUCUGAUCGAGCAGUCCACCAUGAUGGCACUGGAGCAAGCAGGUCGUUUGAACUGGUGGUCGACCAUGUGCACGAGCUGUAAGAAGCUGCUUCCUCUGGCCACAACAGGAGACGGGAACUGCCUCUUACACGCCGCCUCUCUGGGGAUGUGGGGCUUCCAUGACAGGGACCUGAUGCUGAGAAAGUCGCUGUACACCAUGAUGAAGAGCGGAGCCGAGAGGGACGCCCUGAAGAGGAGGUGGAGGUGGCAGCAGACACAGCAGAACAAAGAGUCGGGGCUGGUGUACACUGAGGAGGAGUGGGAGAGAGAGUGGAACGAGUUACUGAAGCUGGCCUCCAGUGAGCCACGCACUCACCUCAGUAAGAACGGCAACACCAGCGGAGGAGUGGAUAACUCAGAGGACCCUGUUUACGAGAGUCUGGAGGAGUUCCAUGUGUUUGUUCUGGCCCACGUUCUCCGCCGGCCCAUUGUGGUGGUGGCCGACACCAUGCUCCGGGACUCAGGAGGAGAAGCAUUCGCUCCCAUCCCGUUUGGAGGCCUGUACCUGCCCCUGGAGGUGCCCCCCAGCCGCUGCCACUGCUCUCCCCUGGUCCUGGCCUACGAUCAGGCUCACUUCUCCGCACUCGUGUCCAUGGAGCAGAGAGACCAGCAGCGAGAGCAAGCUGUUAUUCCCCUGACCGACUCCGAACACAAGCUGCUGGCGCUCCAUUUUGCCGUUGACCCUGGGAAAGACUGGGAAUGGGGGAGGGACGACAACGAUAAUGCCAAGCUCGCCAAACUCAUCUUGUCUCUGGAAGCCAAACUGAACCUGCUGCACAACUACAUGAAUGUAACGUGGAUCAGGAUCCCGUCAGAAACCAGGGCGCCCCUCGCUCAGCCGGAGUCGCCCACCGCCUCCGCAGGUGAGGACGUCCAGUCUCUGGCCGAGUCCAUGGAGUCCGACCGUGAGUCUGUGGGCAGCAAUUCCAACAUCAACAUGGUCAAACCCACCAAAGAGAAGGACAAGCAGCGCAAGGACAAGGACAAGAGCCGCUCUGACUCCGUAGCCAACAAACUGGGAAGCUUCAGCAAAACACUGGGAAUCAAGCUGAAGAAAAAUAUGGGCGGUCUGGGGGGGCUCGUGCACGGAAAAAUGAACAAAUCCAGUUUAUCCUCAGGUCGUAACGGUGAGAAUGGAACAGAGAAGACGUCCAAGAAAAAGGAGUCCAAGACGAGUAAAGGAAGUAAGGACGAAUCCGGACACUCCGCCAGCUCUACGUCAUCGGAAAAGGCCACUAGCCCCUCCCCCACGGACCGCCCCUCUAGCUCCUCCCCCACUGACAGACAGGACAGUUCAGGGCGGAGCUCCGGGGACAAGAGUUUGGAUAACUGGAAGUACAGCACGGAUGUCAAGCUAAGUCUCAACAUCUUGCGCGCGGCCAUGCAGGGAGAACGGAAAUUCCUGUUCGCGGCGCUGCUCCUCACCAGCCAUCGGCAUCAGUUCCACGAGGAGAUGAUUAGCUAUUACCUUAGCAAUGCCCAAGAACGCUUCAGCCAGGAACAGGAGCAGAAGAGGAAGGAGGCGGAGAGGAAGCCUGCUGUCGCUAACGAGACAACGGCUAAGAAGGUCGAACAUGAGAGUAUCUUCCAAAGGGACCGGUCAGACAGUUCACCCCCAGAGAACUGCUCUCCUGUCCUCCCCCACAGCACCUUCACCCCACAGCCCGCUAUAGCGCUAAAGACCCACAACCAGGGCAGGAACAGUCCGACCCUCUCCUCCUUCGCACCUGUCCCUCCGCUAACUCCACCCACUGCCCCCCAUCAUGCCACACAGCCCACGUUACCUGCCCCGGCGCCUUACUCCUCCCCCAGCAUCGGUGCUAGAAAACAAGGGCCCAUCCCCGUGUCGGUUCAUUACAGCCAUACCCCUCCCAUUCAACGGCACAGCGUCAUCCACUUACAAGAUGUCAACCUACAAUCGCCCCUCUUCCACGACGAGCCAUACAAACCGCCGGUGGGAACACUAAAGACUUGCGCCACAUACCCACAGCAGAACCGCUCGCUGUCGUCCCAAAGCUAUAGCCCGGCGCGCCUAUCUGGAGUCCGCACUGUUAACGCCAUGGAGACGCUCUCGUAUGGCCUGUCGCACACCUACACCAAUGGCUUCGACGCGGGUGACAUUCAGGACUGUUUGGCGUUUGCUGAUGAGGAUAAUACUUCCCACACAUGGCUCAACCAAGACAAAGGGAAAGGCCGCGGCGCCGGAAGCCCUCUGUACGUCUUUCAACAACGCCGCUGUAAACGAGAAAACUGCUCCUUCUACGGUCGGCCCGAAACUGACAACUACUGCUCCUACUGCUACAGAGAGGAGCUGAGACGCAGGGAGAGGGAGCGGCCCGCAUAGCCAACACACACUUGUAACGUGGCCAGCCAAUCACAUCGUUUCCUCAAAUGGUGAUACUUUGCAGUGACGUCACGCUGGGCGGGAGGGUUCUGCAUGUAU